AUGACAUGCACUCAGAAUGACGUGCAUCCAACAGAAGAGUGGCAAGUUGGUGACUCGGACAACGAUGUAGCUGUGGAUACUGAUGGUGAGCACGCUGAGGCAGUGGUGCAUGCAACGGUGCAAGCCACUGCGGCGACGACGGCGGAAGAUAUGCCUGCGGGCUCCAUCAUCGCCUUCAAUGACGACAAGAAAAAGCGUGCAUGUAUGGUGCUCUCCAAUGACGACAGUUCGAGGGAAGAGCGUCAACCGCGCCUCACUGCUGCAGGCAAAGGAAAAGCCAAGGUCGCGGAGGUCCAUGCUAAGACCACCGUACAUCGCCGCACAAGCAACAAGAAGCGGAAGAACGAUGACGACCCGUGUUCCAGCAGUGAUGCUGCUAAGAAGAAGAAGAAGAAGAAGAAGAAGAAGAAGAAGAAGAAGAAGAAGAAGAAGAAGAAGAAGAAGAAGAAGAAGAAGAAGAAGAAGAAGAAGAAGAAGAAGAAGAAGAAGAAGAAGAAGAAGAAGAGGAAGAAGAAGAAGAAGAAGAAGAAGAAGAAGAAGAGGAAGAAGAAGAAGAAGAAGAAGAAGAAGAAGAAGAAGAAGAAGAAGAAGAAGAAGAAGAAGAAGAAGAAGAAGAAGAAGAAGAAGAAGAAGAAGAAGAAGAAGAAGAAGAAGAAGAAGAAGAAGAAUUUAAUGCUCCACUUGGGUACAACACGAGGCUACAUAUAG